AUGGCUGAAGUCCUCGCAACCUCAAGUGCCGUCGUCGCCCUGACAGCCACAACUGUGCAGAGCAUCAAGGGAGCAAGAGAGAAGAUUGACAAAAUCACGCGAGCCCCUGAGCUCAUCGCCAACAUCAAAAAGGAGUCGCAACUUAUCCAGAAUCUGAUGGAGCACCUCGAGAUCUCGGUUAAGUUAAACGACACUGAAGUACUGUCCGUCGCCGCAAACACCAACGUGCAAUCCGCUCCCACGGCCUGCGGCGCCUCAUGUUGUGCCUUGGACAACGAGGUCGACAAGCUUUUCAAGCGCUCGAAAGACGGACGGGUUCACUUGAUGGACAGAGUGAACAUCGGACUAUUUGGCAAAGACAAGCUCCAGAUUUCCGUGGACGAGCUCAGAAUUUGCAAGCAGACUGUUGACUUGGCUUUAGCCGGCGCCAACUUUUUGGCAUCUAUUGAGCAGACCAAGUACCUUCAAGCUAUCGUGGAACGAAUUGAGGUCAAGAGUGGAGAUGUACACUCCGAAACCAAGCUCCAGAAGUCGAGGGACUUGAUCAAGGGGUACGAGGAGCUUCAAGCAUCCCUGUUUGUCCAGGUCAAUGAGAGACGAAGCAAGUUGGUGGUGGGCAAAGUCAAGGUCUUGGAGUCGCAGGCCGUCAUCGGAAUCCACGGCGCGGACGGGACUGACGGGGAGCUGAAUGUCCAGCUUGGCAACGUUGAAGGCCAAGGAUCCAACAUGCUGGUGGGAUACUCCAAAGGUAUUGACCUGAACGCUGCCUUUUUCAAGAAAGACAACUAG